UCAUUUCAGACAGCCGUCGAAGCCGUCAUUAAUCAAAACCUUUUUCUACUAGAAUAUGUAAGACUCGUCAAGAUGAACCAGCCGUGGAAUGAUGCCAGUGAUCCAGCGGUGUUUCGCAUGCUCUGGCUUGUCGAGCUCGGUGACCGUGACGAGGGCACAUAUAUAAUCCGGAACCUCAAUAGCGGAAAGUAUAUAACCUCACCCGACGGAGCUCAGAUUUCCCACACAACGAGGGUCAUUGCCACUCUAUUACGUAGCGAGGCACGAGCGCAGGAUUAGAGUAUUGUCUUUGGGCGAGCGGAAGACGCCGGUAGCGUCUCUCGUUUCCGCUCCCCCACCACGCUCGUAGACAUCUAAGUCUAUUCGAGCUAUUUUCUGUUCCCUAUCAGCACCAACAUACCUACUGGUGUUCCUUAUUUCUACCUCUUAAUAAAUAUCACCCCAAACCAUUC